AUGGAAAACAUUCAAUCGUUGAAAGAAAGUGGACGAAAGUUUUUUAAUGAGCAAGAUUAUUCGAAAGCUGUAGAAUAUUUUACCAAAGUUAUUGAACUGGAAGAAAAUGCAAUGAAUUAUUAUCAAAGAGCGACUGCUUUCGGAUGUCUACUUGAUAGAAAGAAAGCAAUUGAUGAUUAUUCGAAAGUUAUUGAAUUAGACGAAACUUUUCUGGAUGCUUACUUGUAUAGAGGAUUGAAUCUUUUCAAAAUUGAGGAUUUUAAGAAGGCAGAUUCUGAUUUUUCUAAAGUUAUCGAAUUUGGUGGAACAGAUAUGGUAUUUCUAUAUCGAGGAAUUUCCAGAAUUAGAAUUCGAAAGGAAAAUGAAGCUCUCGAUGAUUUGAACGUUUUUAUUGAGAAAGAGCCUGAUCAUGUUCAAGCUCUGUUUCAUAGAGGACUUACGAACCGAAUUUUGGAUAAUCUUUCAGAUGCCAUUUCUGAUUUGACAAGAGUUAUUGAACUUUCGAAUGAAAAUGAUGACCUGUUCAAGGUUUCUCUGGAAAAGAGAGGUAAAUUCUAUGCAUUGUUAGAAGAGAAUGAAAAAUCAGUGCAAGAUUUGUCCGAUGUUAUUGAAUUAGAUUCGAAUAAUGUUCAUGCUUUUUAUUAUAGAGGAUUUGCUUUCCAAAAGUUGAAUCAAAAUGAAAAGGCAGUUCAUGAUCAUUCGAAAGUAAAGGAAUUAGAUCCUGAUAAUCGAAAUUCAUACCAUGAAACUUUAAUAUUAGCCAAAAUGGAAAAUUCGAAUGUUGAAAUUGAAAGCUCAGAUAAUAGGGAAGAAACAAGGGAAGAGAACGAACAAGAAAAUGUGGAAAACUCUCCUGAAAAAGCAACACAAGAAGAAUCCAAAGAAACUACGGAAACCAGCGAAGACGAAAGUAAAGUAAAUGAAGACGAAACUAUUCGCAAUGAACUUUCUUCCCAACCACUUGAAGAAAAUCCAAUCGAAAUAGCCAAUAAACAUGACUAA